CGGAGGUAGCGUUUAUUCCCGGCGCAAUUGCGACACGCGCCAUGCUGUUUUGUUUGCCAUUGUUGCCGGUAUGCAGUGGUGGCUUGCAGAUUUGUGUAAAUUAGAGCUUUUGUUAGAUUGACUUAUAAAAUACCAUAGAAGGGCAUUGGUUGUUGCACACUUUUGGAAUUGUGUCGGUGAGACGCAGUGACGUAUGUCCGGCUCAUCAUAGGGUCUGAUAUCCGUACUGGGGCUAUUUCAGUAGACAGGCGCUGAAUUGUGGCAUCCACUAACUCCAGAUAUCAUGUCACCAUCCUACAUACUGAUCAAAGGAGCAAUCAUCAUACCACAAUCGGCCCUAACUUCUCGCCCCCCAGACACCACCAACAUCACAACAAUCAACGCCCAAAACCACAUCAUAACCCCCGGUUUCACAAACUCCCACCACCACCACCACCUCUGGCAACACCCCCUCCGCGCCCUAGCAACCGACUUCUCCCUCUACGACUACUGCGUGCACCUCCGCAGCACCUACGGCAGCCUGUACACCCCCGACGACGUCUACUUUUCCAAUUACGCCGCUGCCUUGAGCUUGAUAAAUAAUGGCGUCACGAGCGUGCUUGACCAUUGCCAUGUUAUCAAUUCGCCGGCGCAUGCUGAUAACGCGGUUAGGGGGUUGAAAGAUGCGGGGAUUCGGGGGGGGGGGCGUUUUGUUAUGGGUUUUGGUGGCGGUGCUGGGGGUGGGUUUGAUCAGAGGGCUAGAGAGGAGGAUGCUGUUCGUGUGCGGGAUGAGUAUUUUCGGGAUAAUGAUCCGAGAAGCGCUCUUCUUACGUUUGGCAUCGCACCAAAUGAACCAGAUGCCCAGCCAAUCGAUAAGACAAUCCGUGAACUUCAAAAAUCAAGAGCGAUAGGAGCCCGACUAAUAACCCUCCACAUCGCCCUAGGCCACUAUGACAUAUUCCACCAACGCACAGUCCAACAACUCGCCGAUGCGAACCUCCUCGCACCAGAUCUGUUGGGCGCGAUACAAGCAUCCGGAGCUGGAAUUGUGAGCACACCUGAUACGGAGAUGCAGAUGGGGAUGGGGAAUCCGGGACCUGUUGUUUGGAGGGCUGGGGAUGGGGGGUGUAGGGUUGGGCUGGGGUUGGAUAUCGCGUCGAAUCAGGGGUGUGAUGUUUUGGCGCAGAUGAGGCUUGUGUUGCAGAUGCAGAGGGCGCUGGAAAAUGCGAAACCGAAUCCAAAUUCAAACGAGGAGAAAGAGUCCGGCCCUCCUAUAAAACUUACCCGCAAAACCAUGGAUAUCCUACGAAUAGCCACGCUUGGCGGAGCACAAGUCCUACAACUAGACCAGUUAACCGGUUCUAUUACCCCCGGGAAAAAAGCCGAUCUUGUGAUAUUCCGGUGCGAUGAUAUUGAUACCACGCUUAUUGUGGAUCCCGUGGGAACAGUGGUGUUCCAUGCGUCUGUGAAACAGAUCGAUACGGUGUUGAUUGAUGGGAGGCUUGUUGGUGUGGAUUGGCUGGGUUUACGUGGUGAGUUGGAGGGUAGGUCUGAGAGGCUUAGGAGGGAGGCGGGGGGGUGUGGAUAUUAAAAGGGUAGAGGAGUUUUGGAGGGAUUUGUUUAGAGGGGGAUAGAAGCAGGAUAGAAAUAGAAUCUUCCACUUAUAAACGGUAAUAAUUGAAUUUAAC